AUAUACAUGUCUGUUCGUAUUCAGAUUUUCACCAAUUUUUCAAAUAAUCAUUUUGUCCAAAAAUGGAUUCAACUUUUAGAAAUGGGGUUUGGAAGCUGGUGGCCUAAGAGCGUAAAGCAUUGGUUGGGACACAUGGGCGUUUUAUCUGUGGUUGUAAAGUUCCCGUACAUUAAUUUGUGAAGAAGAUGUGCAGAAAGAGGAUGCCAUAUCGUCAAUUCUUCCUAAGUCUUCGUCGUUGCAUAGGGGAAACGCCGUGCCGUCUCGGAAACAGAUGCCUUUAGGACAAGGAUUCCAUCCCUCACGGUGCAAUCAUGUGCCCCACUCUCAUUGCCAACUUGUCUCUGUUUGCAACUACUAUUAUUCAAUGAUUUCAAUUUUCAAUUGCGAAAAAAAGAAAAAGGAAACACACUUUGCAGUUGGAAGGGAAACUUCUCUGUUUUCGGUGCUCAUGGAGGAGAGAAGUCAUUUCCUCUUGUCAAUCACGUUCUUGCUGGUGCUGCAGUUCAGUUCUCUAUAUAUGGCUGAAUUAACUAUCGGCACAGAUGCAACACAAACCAACAUCACCACGGACCAGGCCGCUCUUCUUGCUCUGAGAUCCCAUAUCACCAGUGACCCUCACAACAUCUUGGUCAACUGGUCAACCACCACCUCCGCCUGCAACGCAACUGGGUUGGCGUUACUUGUGGUGCUUUCUCAUUUUCGUCGAUCUAAUGGAAGCAUACCCAGAAAAAUUGGAAACUUAACCCAGUUAAGGGAGAUUUAUCUUGGCGUCAACAAUUUGACAGGCAUUAUACCGAAUGAGAUGGGUGAUCUUCAAAAUUUGGAGUUAUUGUCAAUCGAACAGAAUAAUCUGAAUGGCCUCAUCCCAUCCUCAAUCUUCAAUAUCUCCAAGCUAAGAGCACUCUCGCUUACGCUGAAUAAGCUAUCGGGUAGCCUCCCAGCAAACAUAGGCCUUGGGGUUCCAAACCUUCAACUCCUUUAUAUAGGAGCAACUGACGUCAGCGGAGUAAUCCCCAACCUCUCCAAUGCUUCUAAGCUCACCAGGAUAUCCAUGAGCUACAACUCAUUUACAGGGUUUAUCCCGAGGACGCUCUGUGCCUUAAUAAAUCUUCAGUGGCUUGGCUUAUACAUGAAUAAUUUGACAAUUGACACUUCCACUCUCUCUUGUUUGGCUAAUCUUCAAAAUUUGAAAGCACUAGACUUGGGAAAUAAUCCGUUAAAUGUCAGACUUGACGAUUCCUUUAGGAAUUUCUCUUUGACAUCAUCACUUCAAUAUAUUGCAUUACCCAAUUGCAUCAUGAGGGGUAACAUUCCCAUUGGUCUUGGCAACUUAAGCAGCUUGAUAUCCUUAGACCUCGAAAACAAUCAAUUGAGUGGAUCAAUUCCAACUUCAUUAGGAAGACUUGGAAAUCUCCAAGGUAUGAACUUGAAUUACAACAAGUUGCAAGGUUACAUCCCAUAUCAACUUUGUCAACUGUAUAACCUCGUUAACUUACAGUUGGCUAGUAAUCAGCUCUCUGGUUCUAUACCUUCAUGCUUGGGUAAUCUAGCCGCAUCUCUAAGAUAUCUAUCACUAGGGUCCAAUUUGUUGAGUUCCACAAUACCAUCUACUUUUUGGAGACUUGCCUAUAUCUUACAAGUAAACUUAUCAUCCAAUUCUCUAAUUGGACCUCUCUCACAAGAUAUUGGAAACUUGAAAGUUGUCGUAGAGGUAGAUUUAUCAAAUAACAAUUUAUCUGGUGUUAUACCAAGCACCAUUGGCGGUCUUCAGGAUCUAGUUAAUCUCUCCUUGGCAAAUAAUAAUUUGGAAGGCCCUAUUCCAAGUUCAUUUCAAGACUUGCUAAGCCUGCAACUCUUGAAUUUAUCCAGAAACAAUCUAUCUGGAGUGAUUCCCAAGUCUUUAGAAGCUCUGUCACUUCUCAAGUAUCUGGAUUUGUCUUUCAACCGGCUCCAAGGAGAAAUUCCAACGGGUGGACCAUUCCAAAACUUCUCUGCUCAAUCAUUUGUCUCAAACAGCGCAUUCUGUGGUGCACCCCGAUUUCAUGUUCCACCAUGCAAAAAUACUACACUUGAACCAAAUUGGAAGAAAGCUAAAUAUAUCAUCCCAGGGAUCAUAUCAGUAAUUCUACUAGUGGCCUCCAUAUCUAUAUUUGUACUACGCAGGAAAAGAAAUGUGCAAGUUGCAGGAGAGGCUACCUCGUUGCCUCAACUUCUUUGGAAAAGAAUUUCACACCUAGAACUUCUAAAGGCCACGAAUGGAUUUAACGAAAACAACUUACUCGGAAGUGGGGGUUUUGGCUCAGUAUAUAAAGGGACGCUUUCAGAUGGAAUAGAUGUUGCAGUAAAGGUUUUCAGUUUACAGCUAGAAGGGGAUUUCAAGAGUUUUGAUAGGGAAUGUCAAAUGCUAAGCAAUAUUCGUCAUAGAAACCUUAUCAAAAUCAUCAGCUGUUGCAGUGAACUUGAUUUCAAAGCCUUGGUACUGAACUACAUGCCUAAUGGGAGCCUGGACAAGUGGUUAUAUUCUCAAAACUAUUCUUUGAAUAUCUUACAGAGGUUGAACAUAAUGAUAGACGUUGCGGUGGCAGUGGAAUACCUACACUAUGGUUAUUCAAUACCUAUUGUGCACUGUGACAUGAAGCCCAGCAAUAUACUACUAGAUGAUGAUAUGGUUGCACACGUUGCUGAUUUUGGAAUUGCAAAACUCUUGGGUGGAGGAGAUUCUAUUACCCAAACCAUGACUCUAGCCACUGUUGGGUAUAUGGCUCCAGGUGAUGUACUUGCUAAUUUAAUAUCUUUCAAUUCUAUACACAUGUUGUCCAUAAUUAGGACAAGGAUUCCAUCCCUCACGGUGCAAUCAUGUGCCCCACUCUCAUUGCCAACUUGUCUCUGUUUGCAACUACUAUUAUUCAAUGAUAUCAAUUUUCAAUUGCGAAAAAAAGAAAAAGGAAACACACUUUGCAGUUGGAAGGGAAACUUCUCUGUUUCGGUGCUCAUGGAGGAGAGAAGUCAUUUCCUCUUGUCAAUCACGUGACUCUUUUUUUUAUUUUU